GCUCUUUGAUCUGGGUUUAGGGUUUGGUCGAUCGUUGAUUGCGGCUGGUCAUGGAUAGCUCGCCGGAAUUGCAGCGUUUCUUGCAGGAAGAGAAGCAGAAAGCAAUGAUCGCCGAGAUGGUAGGAAAACUUACUAGCGAAUGUUGGGACAAAUGCAUCACUAGCACUCCAGGUAGCAAGUUCAGCUCGAGUGAAUCAACUUGCCUUGCAAAUUGUGCACAACGAUACCUGGAUAUGACUAUGCUCAUCCAGAAGAAGUUUCAGUCAAUGCAACAAUAAUUUUUUGUUAGAUCGAUCUGCUAUUGCCAUUUGAGAGACUUGUUUUUUCAGUUGGUGAAAUGUUCGCCACAACCCUAAGCUUCUGGUUCUGUACCAUGUCUUCUCAUGUUUCUUUUUUGAAAAUUAACUAGCACUAAAUGGAAUGACUGAAGCUAUUGUUUUGGACUUGGCACAUUUGUAACAAAAGGUUGAGCAAAACAAUGGGAUAGCUGAGCAUCAUUAAUGACA